AUGGCUUCACAACCUAAUAGACACCCGAGCCCCAACCAUUAUGAUAUUGUCAUCGUCGGUGCCGGGCCCGUCGGGCUGAUGCUUUCAACCUGCCUGGCGAGAUGGGGUUACAAGAUCAAGCACAUUGACAACAGGCCCGAGCCGACGGCCACUGGCCGGGCGGACGGCAUCCAACCGCGCUCGCUUGAUUUGCUCCGGAAUAUGGGGCUCAAAUCGGCCAUCAUGGCUCACAAGCCUGCCCGUGUCUACGAAGUCGCCUUCUGGGAUCCCCCCAAGAACGGCAAGGGCAUCGUCCGAACCGGCACCUGGGCCAGCUGCCCUAGUUUCAUUGAUGCCAGGUACCCCUUCACCACUCUCCUCCACCAGGGCCAUAUUGAGCGUGUCUUCAUUGGCGACCUCGAGAAAAACGGCGUCAAGAUUCAACGGCCCUGGACCAUCAAGGGGUUCACUUCUAACGAGAAGGAGAACCCGGACUAUCCCGUAAGUGUCGAGCUGGAACACGUCGACGGCACCUUCAAGGAGUCGGUCAAGGCCAAGUACCUGUUUGGUGGGGAGGGCGCUCGAUCCUUCAUCCGCGACCAGCUCAAGAUUGGGAUCAAGCAUAAGGACCCCAUCGCCUACGUAUGGGGCGUCAUGGACGGCGUCGUUAAGACCGACUUCCCCGAUAUCAAGAUGAAAUGCACCAUCCAUUCUGAGAACGGCUCUAUCAUGGUCAUUCCCCGCGAGGACAACAUGGUCCGUCUCUAUAUCCAGAUUGCGUCGUCUUCGGACCCAGACUUCAAUCCGCGCAAGACGGCCUCCGUCGAGGAGGUCCAGGCCUCAGCCAAGCGGAUUCUACAGCCUUACUCGAUCGAGUGGGAGAGAGUAGAGUGGUACUCGGUCUACCCCAUCGGUCAGGGCAUUGCAGACAAGUACACCAUCGACCACCGCGUGUUUCUAGGCGGCGACGCUUGCCAUACCCACAGCCCCAAAGCCGGUCAGGGGAUGAACACGGCCUUCCUCGAUGCGCUCAAUCUCGCCUGGAAAAUCCACGCGGUCGAGGCAGGCUUCGCCAAGCGCAGCGUGCUCGAGACGUACGAGUCAGAACGCAAGGACGUCGCCGAGACCCUUCUGGCGUUCGACAACAAGUACGCAAAGCUCUUCUCCCAGCGGCCCCCUGCCGCCAACGAAGUAGCGGCCGCCUCGGACCAUAGCUCCAAUCAACCAAGCCAGGAAGAAGAAAACGAAUUUAUCAAGACCUUCAAAGAAUCGUGCGAAUUCACCUCGGGCUACGGGGUAGCAUACAAGCCCAACGCGCUCAACUGGUCCCCCUCGCACCCGGCCCAGUCGCACCUGAUCCUGGCCCACCCGGAAUCCACCAGGCUCAGGCCGGGGCGGCUGCUCGCCAACGCCGACGUGACGCGCGUGGUGGAUGCCAACGUGGUGCACUUGGAGCAGGAAGUUCCCCUGAACGGGUCCUUCCGGCUCUUCGUCUUCGGCGGCAACCCAGCCUUGCCGGGUCAGGCACAGGCCCUGCGGGACCUGGCGUCGGGCAUGGCCAAGAAGGGGUCCUUCUACGCGGCCUACGCGCUCCCGGACGCCGACCGCGUGGUGUCGCACCACGAGCGCCACAACCCGCACUCGCGCUUCUUCACCGUGUGCACCGUGCUCGCCGCGCCCCGCGCACGCAUCGAAAUCGCGAGCGACCUGCCCCACUUACUGGCCCGCUACCGCGAGCACGUCUACGCCGACGACCGGUGGGACCGGCGUGUGCCCGACGCCCGCGCUGCGGCCCACGCUAAGAUGGGUCUGGACCAGGACCGCGGCGGCGUCGUUGUUGUCAGGCCCGACGGCUACGUCGGAAUUGUUGUCGCCCUCCAGGAGGGCGGCGCCACGGUGGACGCACUCAACGCCUACUUUGGCGCCUUUGUCACCAAGGAGCUGGGCGGGACCCAAGCGCUGCUUUGA